AUGACAGACAGGACUUCAGCAUAUACAGCGGCGUUAGUAUUAUGCCCACAAUGGAAGUGGACUUACUUCAAAUCAGAAUGGAAGGCUGAUUGGGUUGCUGAAGCACGUGUCAAGGUUGAGGAGCUGUGGGUCAACAAGUACAAAGCAUUGGCAGUUAGUGCAGAGAUCGCAGAAGUUGAAGGUGAAGAUACUGAGAAGCCGCUUUCGAAUGAGUUUCUUACAUGGCGUACACAAAAGCGGGGUAUUGACGUUAUUCAAGAUGAAUAUACUCAGUAUUUACAAGCCCCACUUGUUAAAACUGAUGAUGCGAGAGCAUGGACAAUGGCACUGAGCAAAGUCAAGAAGGCACUCCAUAAGCGUGGAGUAGAAGCACGCAAAGCUGAGCAGGCAAGAAAGCGUCAAACCGAGAAAUUAGCUCAAGAAUCAGAGCUCCACGAAGAAGCUACCUCCCAGCUAAUUUCAACAAUGGGCUAUUCACAGUCGCAAGUAGACGAAGAUGAGGAUACUGGUUUUACUAGAUUCAGUGGGUUAGAUGUGGAGGAGAGCGAUAGCUUUUUUGUAGACCAUGAGCUUGAUCUAGAGGACAAUUUAGAUCCUGGUUUAUUUUGA